AUGGCCUCCCGGCAUCUAAAGGUCCCUCCGUUUUCAACCAAAGGUGCUACAAGAACCUGCGGCGCGGACUUCCUCCUGCGCAUGCGCCUGCCGCCCCAGGCGCGUCCGCGUGUAUCCGUAUCUGCGUGGGGCCCCGGACCCUUCCUGGCCAUCAGCCGGGCCUGGGACCUGUCCCAGGAGUUUGCUGCGGAGGCCGAGCUUCCCGGCACGCGUGUGCAGGGGCGGGACGCCCGACCCCCGCCCUUCUCCUGUGGGGUGGUCGGACAUGACAUGAUGGGACUGAGGCCGAGGGGAGACAGACCACCGUCCCAAGCUGCUGCUUCCUCUUGGCAGUUUGCGGGGAGGAAGAAGCCUGGACAUGGUUCUUAG